CUUGUUAUCAUAUCUUUUUUAAUCUUUUUUUUCUUUCUUUCUUUCCUGACCUAAAUGGCUGAUGAAAUGUCAGAGGAACCAAAGAUUACGUUGAGGCUUAUUAUUGAUGAAGCAAAGAACAAGGUCGUUUUGGCCGAGGCUUGUAGAGAUUUUGUUGAUGUUCUCUUCAGCCUAAUGACACUGCCAAUGGGCACCAUUGUCGGAUUGCUUAAGAAGCAUCAAAAUUCCGAGAUUGGAUGUUUCAGCAACCUCUACAAAAGUGUUGCGGACAUGAGCAUUGACAGUUUCAUGACUGGAGCUUGUAAGCAGAUGUUGCUUAAACCAAGGAGCGUGAAGGAGGCCUAUUGCAAAAGGCUUAAGCUCAACCUAAACCCAACUGAUGACCACCUCAAGUACUUUAAGUGCCCUUCUUUCUCAAGCUGCAACAUGUGCAGUGAUUUUAGUGGCUCUGAUUGCGCUUGCGGAAGGUUGAUGAUCCACUAAAUCGAGUUGACUGAAGAAGAAGAAGAUGAGAUACAAAAUGAUGUUGAUGGAGUAUUUGUAAGCGGCAGGUCUUCCUUCAUCAUCACCGACGACUUGAAAGUGUCUGUUGAUUCUACUGGUCUUGUCUUGAAAACUCUCAACAGUCUAGGCUGUUCAGAUGUUAGUAACCUUGGGGAACAGCUUCUUGAUAUUGGUCUCAACGAGAUUAUGUGUCUUCUUGAGUGUGUCUUCUCCUCAAAUACUCCCUUGACAGACGCUCUCUUGAAGAAGCAAAGUCCACAAGACAUGACAAACAUGCACAAACUGUCGACUCCAUCAUGCCUGGAGACAAAAACAGACGUAUCAGAAUCAGAAUUUACUAUCGAUGCCAUAGUGAGGAAACAGGACAUGAAGAUUCUAUAUGUUGAGUGUGGAGAAGACUUUGUUGAUCUUCUCUUCAGUUUUCUCGCUGUCCCUCUUGAGUAUGUAUGCGAUACCAGUUUGGGAUGCAUCGGAAACUUACGUGGAAGCUUCAAGGAUCUGACUGUUGUUGAUAAAAGGAAAGAAGGGCUAGCUUCCGAAGGUGUGUUGCUUCCUCAUUACUAUAAAUUGCAGAAGCAGUUGUCUGUGAUCACAACUGAAGAAGCACCAGUUUACUACCGUUACAGGAAUUCCAAUCCACGCCAGCCUGACUACAGCUUGACCACAGAUUAUGAUCGGACUCCGCUGUAUCGGAAGGACAGAAUAGUUCAGGUGACUGUGAUUGAUCCAAAGUCUCACGGCAGAGUUCAUCGUCAUCAGUCGGAGAAUGGAAGUGGGUUUGUGAAGAGAGGAACAAGGUUUACAGUUUCAGAUGAUCUGAUGAUCACACCUAGGGGUUGCUUGAGCACAUCAAUGUGCUUUCUGAAGAAGUAUGAGAUUAAGGCAGAUGAUGUGGAUGUUCAAGUGAUAAGAAUCUGUGAAGAAGAGGUUAACAUUUACUUCUUCCUCUAGUAGUAAUACAUUUGAAACUUUUAUUCCUAUAUAUUUAACCAAAGUGUCUUUUUUUUUAAAAAAAAAUAUCAGGUAAUGAAUGUGCUGAGAGCUUCUUUGGGGACAACCUCUGCUUUGAACACUGCACUAUGGAACUUGAUUGCUAAGAAGCCAAAGAUGGAGACUUGAAGAAUCAAACAAUCUUUUGCUAUUUUGUCGUUGGAACAUGUUGUUUAGACUAUUUUGAAUUCCACAUUUCCCUGCUUUUUUUUUAAUUUUCUUUCUGUUGACUUGAGUUUUCAACUUGGCUUUUAAUUUAUGAAACUCGGAGCCUUUUUUUUUUU